GUCGUGACAUUGGAGUUAAUCUUCCAAUUUUGUUAAGGUCUAUUGUCACAGAGCUUCCCUUGGAUGGAAGCACAAUGCUUCGGAUUGGGAUGACUAACCCUCCUUAUAUUCUCGAGCACUUGAAAGGCAUAGCGGAUGUUUUGUGUCACCCAUGUGUGUACUCCUUUCUUCAUGUACCAGUUCAAUCUGGGAGUGAUGCUGUGUUGAGUGCAAUGAAUCGGGAGUACACUGUAAACGAGUUCAGGAUGGUGGUAGAUACAUUGACUGAGCUGGUUCCUGGAAUGCAGAUUGCAACUGAUAUCAUUUGUGGAUUCCCUG